AUGAAUCUCACUUCCUCGCUUCUGGCUCUGGCGAGUCAAAACCUCUCAUCAACUCUUCAGGAUAUUGGAGGAUACUCGUACUGUCAAGAGUACUACGGCUUGUUCCCCAACAGCCGUGACUGCGUCAAAGCUAUUGCUCUUCUUGAGAAGGGGAACACCGAUGUCUCAUACGCAGUCCACAGUGGUAUUGGACCACACGCCUUACCCUUGAGUAGAUCAUACGGUACAUGUAUGAUCCAAGUCGACGUAGCUGGUCCGCGCUUGCCCCGAACCUACGAUAUCAUCCCCGACGAAAUCCGCCAUUUGGCAGAUGAAGUGCUGAACUCAUGCGUCACUGGCCCUUUCGAAAUUGGCGGCUUCGCAACGACUGAUCUCCAGGUCAUGAAUGGCUGGAUCACGGCUGAAGAGACUGAACUGGAUAGACCAUUCCCAACGUCCACCGCCUUCCUCACAGUUACCCUCGCCCAAGUAGUCCCCGACUGGCUGUCCCCCGGAAACUAUGAUCCCGUCAUGGCCUUCCACUUCUCGCAAGUUGCACUACGCGCAAUUGACCGAGCAUUUACUUUACGUGAAAGAAUUGAUCUCCGUGAGCGUGCGGAACGACUGUUGCGGCAAGGGGAGAGGAUGCAGCCGAGAGGGAAUCGUGUGCCUUGGUGGGUGAACCCGGAUUCGGGAGAAGAAGCCAAUGGGACAAGUCUGGAGACAGGCAACGGGACGGUAUCUAUCGAUCUUCCAGAACCACUGGCCAGCGUCGCCGACACUGCCACCUCGAAGCAAAGGAGAAGGUCAUGA